CCCCCCGGGGUGUCCCUCCCCGGCGCCUCGGUGUUGGCUCCAUUCAGUGGCGGGUUCUGCAGUGGCCGCGGCUCCGGCGGGCGGGUGGGUGCUGCUCUCCCUCACUAGGAACAGGUCCUCGGCCGGCAUCGCUCAGCGGGCAGCAGCCGCAGGAGGAGGUGCACCAGAGAAGGGAGGAUGCUGUCCCGACUGCACGUAGCCGCGGCACCCUGCGCGAUGGCGCGGCGCAGCAUGCACACCAAGGAGAAGGGCAAGCCGCUCAUGCUGAACCCACGCACAAACAAGGGCAUGGCCUUUACAUUGCAUGAGCGACAAAUGCUUGGGCUGCAAGGACUCCUGCCUCCUAAGAUAGAGACGCAAGACAUCCAAGCCUUGCGCUUCCACAAGAAUCUGGCAAAAAUGACUGACCCCUUGGAAAAGUAUAUCUACAUAAUGGGGAUCCAGGAGAGAAAUGAGAAAUUGUUCUACAGGGUGCUGCAGGACGACAUUGAGCAGUUAAUGCCGAUUGUGUACACUCCCACAGUGGGCCUUGCCUGCUCCCAGUACGGACACAUCUUCAGGAGACCAAAAGGAUUAUUUAUUUCUAUCUCAGACAGAGGCCACAUAAGGUCAAUUGUGAACAACUGGCCAGAGAACGACGUUAAGGCUGUUGUUGUCACUGAUGGAGAAAGAAUUUUGGGUCUUGGAGACCUGGGUGUGUACGGGAUGGGGAUCCCAGUGGGAAAGCUGUGUUUGUACACAGCCUGCGCAGGGAUCCAUCCAGAUGCCUGCCUGCCCGUGUGCAUCGACGUUGGCACCGAUAACAUGACGCUCCUAAAAGAUCCGUUUUAUAUGGGGCUGUACCAAAAGAGGGAUCGCUCGCAGGUCUACGAUGACCUGAUAGAUGAAUUCAUGGAAGCCAUUACAGACAGGUAUGGCCAGAACACACUGAUCCAGUUUGAAGACUUUGGAAACCACAAUGCUUUUCGGUUCCUAAGGAAAUACAGGGAGAAAUACUGCACCUUCAAUGACGAUAUUCAAGGGACAGCCUCAGUGGCCUUGGCAGGACUGCUGGCAGCACAGAAAGCCACCGGUAAACCACUCACAGACCAGAAAGUGCUGUUCCUUGGGGCGGGAGAGGCCGCCCUGGGAAUUGCAAACCUCAUUGUUAUGGCUAUGAUGGAAAACGGAGUGUCUGCUGAGGAGGCCUCCAGGAGGAUCUGGAUGUUUGACAAGCACGGUUUGCUGGUCCAGGGCCGAGAACAGAAGGUGGAUUCCAACCAGGAGCCAUUCACACAUCAGGCUCCAGAGCACAUACCAAAGACUUUUGUAGAGGCAGUGAACAUACUUCGGCCUUCAGCUAUCAUCGGAGUUGCAGGAGCAGGGCGUCUCUUCUCCCAGGAUGUGCUCAAAGCCAUGGCUUCCAUCAACGAGCGACCCAUAAUCUUUGCCCUGAGCAACCCCACGGUGAAGGCUGAGUGCACAGCAGAGGAGGCUUACACGAUAACAGAGGGCCGCUGCUUGUUUGCCAGCGGCAGUCCCUUCGAGCUGGUGACUCUGAAGGAUGGAAGAACCUUCAAACCAGGCCAAGGAAACAAUGCCUACAUUUUUCCAGGCGUGGCUCUGGCUGUGAUCCUCAGCAGUGUCCGGCACAUUAGUGAUAAGGUUUUCCUAGAGGCUGCCAAGGCAUUGGCAGAACAGUUGACAGAUGAAGAGCUUGCGCAAGGAAGACUUUACCCUCCGCUGUCCAAUAUCAGGGAAGUUUCUAUUUAUAUUGCUGUCAAGGUGAUGGAGUUCCUGUACGCCAACAACAUGGCUUUCCACUACCCCGAGCCCGCCAACAAGAACCACUACAUCCGCUCCAAGGUCUGGACCUACGAGUACGAGUCCUUCAUGCCGGAUGUGUACGACUGGCCCGAGUCCAAGGUGCACUGAUGCACCGCGGCAUCGCGCUCCUCAGGCAGUUCCUUCUACUCUGCAGGGAUCCCUUUCUCAGACCAACUUCAAUAAUGAUCUUUGACUCCUCUUAAUUUAUUUGCGCUCAUUUCAUUGCCCUUUCCCUCCCCGCCCCCCCCUAUACUCUGUUUUUCACCUGUUUUCUCCCAAGUACCUGACAAACUGUAUGGAUGGUGGCAUCUGCCACAGGGAUGAGAGAGCCCUCCAAAAUGAAUUUAAAUAAUGACAUUGCAUUUCUAGCUUAGAGCCAGCACCACACUGAAGAAUUCCAUUAGGGAUAUUUUAGCUACAUGCAUUUGAUGAUGAACUAUAGCUCUCUAAUCACUCUAAUCUGCUGAUUUCCAGAAUGACUUAUUUCUGCCUUUAAUAAUCAGUCUUCUGAUUGUCCUAGUGUUGUCACGCUGCAUUAGCUGAGACAUCGAGGGAGACCACUUGUCAAAAAAAAAAAAAUAAAAAAAGGACAGUUAAAGACAACUUUAAGGGUCUGAUGGGCUUUCUCUUUUGUUUAAUGUUUAGAGAUGCCCAUGUCCAGACAUCCUUGUGGCAUUGGCUGCUGUUUCCUUGAGGAGCAGCGAAAUGUACACUUGCGGAGCCUGCAGCAAAGUUUGCAGUUUUGUUUUCAUCACUCCAUGAAAUCUGUUCUCAGGAAAAAUGUGAACUAGUUCAAAUUAUCCUUGGGAAGCCUGAAAAUAAUAUUAAUCACUUAGUAGCUUUUAGAAACAAGGCCACGCUGUUGCAGGAAGAGUUUUACCGGGUAAAGGUAGGACCUGAAGUAAUUUAUGGAAAUCUUUUAGAGAUUUUACACAAUGGACUGCAAGAUGAUGUACCAAAGGAUUUUUACUUAAUUUUUAAAUUUUUCUAGAUUCCAUUUCUUCUACGCCAGGUUGUUUUCUCCCUUGCAUCCCCUUGUUCUCAUGAAAAGACUCUUGUGUGAUGUUUUAUGACAUUGCUGACUCGAGAGCCCCGAAGUGGACUCACUUCCAACAAGCACCCCGUAGGCAGCUGAUGGAGCUGGAACAGAAGUGGUUGUCAGGCAGCUAUUUACCCGAGUCUGACUGAACCUUUCCUGUGGUCUCAGUCCCCUGUACUCAGGGGCUCAAAAGAUGCAGUGCCUACAACCUCUGUAUUGAUCUCUCCAACUUACUUCAUUUACAGGUCUAGUUUGUCAGCAUCCUUGUGUGCAAACAGAAAUUUCCAGUUGAGUUUCUCCUUGCCAGGGGUAGUACUGCCCGUUUGCUGCAGACACCGCAGUGUACAUUCCCUCUGAUUCCACUGGGACGAGGCUGAAGUGCCCUCCUCACUCUGCAGGGGCAGGCAAGGACACCAGUGAUGGCCACAGGCUGUGACUUCCCUGAACGUGGUCUCUGCAGCGAGAACAGCGAUAUGUCAGGAACAGCAAUAAAGAUACUGAGCUGUUCCACGGGUCGCUGCAUCACGGCAGGGGAAGGACAGCAGUAAAUAAAUAGAUACAUAGAUGGAUGUGCCAGGGCCGUGCUGCAAAUGUGAAGCCAAAACCCAAAGAGAUAAAGUAAAGCUUGCUCAGGAUGUAGCCAUGGCAAGCACUGCUCUCCUAUCCUCAGUUAGAUAGGAAAAUGCAGCCUCCACAGAACAGGCCAGGACAGAGCCGGGACAAUGGUCUCGGUGCCCCCUUAGGCGCCUACAGCCUCAUCUCUGGCUUCAAAAUUACAUUCAUACAAAGAACAGUAAACUUUGGGAAGGCUCUGCCCAAGCGGGAAAGAAGACUGAUUAUAUAAACACAGAAAACAGUGUCGUGGGGAAAAAACUGUGGUGUUCAAGCUGUGGUAAAGUGUUGUGUGGUGGGGCUCGAAGUGCUGCGCCGCUCGGUCGGGCGGUGUGCACGGACAGGAACUUGCACUUGCAAGUACAUGUACAAAAGACACCAACACACAUGUAGGAUGUUUUUACAAGGAAUGCUUUUUUCAUCUAUUUUUGCUAUGCCUUGUUUUUUUGUAUUUAAAUUAGUGAUCUUACUGGGAAAAAAAAAAGGAAUUAUUUAUUCAAUGUAUGGAUUAUCUUUGCCUUUUGAAAAUUCAGCUCUAUCUGAAGCCUGUUGUGUUGUGCCAGUGGAGUUCUGCAUCGUAGGAUUCCAGUGUACUGGGAGCACACACUCCCUCCCUUCUGCCAACAGUCCAGUCAGACAGAUGAGUAACAGAAACACCCAAUGCCCCCAUCUCAUGUCCCAGCUAAGAGCGAUCAGAGGCAGGGGCUCCGUCCCUAGCUCUGGGAAAUAGGAAAUAAAGAUCCACGUCCACCCCUUCAGUGUGAUUACUUUAUUUUCAGGCAAGGAUGGCAGCUGUUGUGUGUAACCAGUGGCCAUUGGUAGCACUGAGGAGCAGCUGGAGCUCGGGAAAGCAGCGUGGCUCCUGCUCCGGGCAGGGGUGAUCCCGGUUCCCGAAGGGAGCUCCCGCGGGGGGAUCCGCCGUGGCUGCCGUCGGGCUGAGGGAAGGUGCCUGUUGUGCGCGGUCCUUUCCCUUCCUGGCACGGGCUCCCUGCCGUCUUUAAGCAGAUGCCAAGAGGGAUUGUUGGGAGCUGGCGGGCAGCGGGAUUUUCCCAAGUAAUGUUUCUGUAAAUCCCACUGCACGGGCGAGGGCAGAGCGGUGCUCGGCAGCCCCGCAGGCUGCAGCGAGGAGCAGCGCGGCGCUGCGGGGCUGUGCUGGAGCUCAGCAGUCUGUCCCCCGUCUGUCCCAUCACUGCAGCUGGGUGGUGCCGCUCCGACCUGCUCCCUGCCCUCGCUCCUGGGCUUUGUCUGGCCAGGCUCUGUGCAUCCGUGUAGCUCGCAGUGUGGACGCGGUGGGAUUUUCCUUCUGACGUGCAGCCACUGUUUCCUGUUGGCAGCAGGUAACCUGUCAGCUCUCAGAGUUUUAAGUCCAUUUUCACUCCCUCUUUCAUCUUCUCCAGAAUUUUUUUUUUUUUUUUUU